UUUCAAUUGAAUAACUCCAAAGCCAUCCCGAAUUAGAAAUGGUGCGAGUGUCCCUUGUGAUUCUGUGUUUAGUCCUUGAAGUAUGUGCCUUGGCCUAUCAUCAGGAAGCUGUGUUUCAUUUGAUCAAACAACGAUAUGAACUCUGCCGUCUACCUGCCAAGACUGGAAACUGUCGUUACAACAUUCACGCCUGGUAUUACAAUCAUGUCACAAAAAAGUGCGAACGUUUCUAUUAUAGUGGAUGUGGAGGAAACAUGAAUCGGUUUUAUAAUAGUUUCAGGUGCGAAGAUUUCUGCAUAGAGUAUAGAAAUCUGAUACCAUAUGAAAUGAAAUAA